AUGACAGGGGCCAACAAAUUGUCGCGCCCUAAUCCUCGGACGAGACGACGUCGAGAAAGGCAGGCGGAGGAAUCCGCCCUUUCUCCCGAGGAGCGCGAACGACGGAUAGCCGCUCGACGAGCACACAAUGCAGAACGUGUGCGUCGUGCCAACCAAGAGCGCGAUCGUUUAAGAAGAGAGGCGCGUCACCAAGAAGAAGAGGCGCGUCGACAGCGCCAGGAGGAGCAACGUCGUGAAAAAGCGGCUCGCCAGGAGGCCGAACGAGCGCGUUUAGUGGAAAAAGCCCGGCAGCGAGUCCUCCAGGAGCCACUAGCACAACCUGUCGCUGCCGCUGACCGAAUCUCGGGCCCCCCUUAUAGCUCCGAAAAUUCUCAUCCGAACAUCGAGGGGGGUUGGAACCUCCUCGAGAUACGAUGCGGACGUGAUGGUACUAGGGACCCCCGGAAACGACGUCCAUUCAAAGAUCGGAGCAUUCCGGUAGUUUUGCGAUUACCGCGGUUCUGUGAGGAACCACGGUACGUCUUCCCGCCGGUGAAUAUCGUCCGUCGGGACGGGUCCCCGGCGGCUGAGUCUAGCCAGCCAAUUGUGGUAGACUGCCCAAGCACUCCUCUGUGUCCGUGGGGUUUACGCGUACCACCGUCGACACCACUACCCGCGCCUGGGGAGUUCAUCCGGGUAAAUAGCAUUCCGGUGGAAAUUCCGGAUACACCGACUGUCAACGCCGCCGUGCCCGAUUCCGACACGGAGGCCCGUGACCUCCAUCCAGUUUCAUACACUCCCGUCAGUCGGCCAGAUCAGGCCCCUUUUCGCACCCCACCAGUUCCUACCUGUGAAGAGGAGCCCGGAUCGGACACCCUACUUUUGUCUGCUUUCGAAACGCCGGAGACGUUCUCUCCAUCCCUUAUAGGUUCGCCGCCGGCAAAACGUUUCUGCGGAUCUCACCGCCGAAACCUCGAUUUUGAUUAG